UUAUCUAUAUGUUCUCGGAAGUGAAAAGUGAUAUACAGUAAUACCGAGGGCCGGUGUCGGAACAAAGUUUAUCUUUCUGUCACAAAAUGAGUAAUAAGAACUGGAAGGCGUCUGUCGACAGAGGGCUGAGAGACUGCAAGAUGAACGCGGAAUUAUCCAACAAAGUCGCUCUCUUCAACCAAGUGGCGGACAAUCACAAGGAGAAGCAGAUGAUAAACCCUUUCUCCUCGUGGGAUGGCGCUUCUCACCGCCGCAAACUGGACAAAUCAGACGCUUCCUAUGGAAAACCAAUCGAAGGAUCGCAUACGGAGAGGAGAGGAAGAGACGCUCAAGCUUCUGUUACAAACGAGGUGCGAACCUUGUGUGAGAUUAUUCAAGACUGUGGAGCCAUGGACAAGGACUCGAAUUCUCGGAUCACGUUUGGCGAACUUUUUCAGAUGUACAAUGUUAUCUCUGGGAAUGUUGUUGGAAUUCUUCUACGUGCCAGGAAGAAGGGUUUCGUGGAUUUUCCUGGGGAAACAUUGUUUCAGAGGAGAGACGAUAACGUUGCAAUUCAUCUCAUGAAACCAUUGGAAGAAAUAAAGGAAAUCUUGGCUGGAAGGCCACCCAAUGGAAGCUCAUGACUUGUUUUUGUUUUUUUCUCGUCACUGUUUGCUACUUUUUUCUCUCCGAAUUGGCUGUGAUAAAACCUCGGAAGCCUACAAUGAACCGAAAUUUCGAAACGCAGUUUGAAAUUUUUAGGUUUUUAGCAGCGUUUGUGUUCCAGCAAUUGUGUGAAAAUACGGUGCAGAAUUGAGGGAAGAAAAAUGGUUUGUUGUUCGGACGAUUUUCGAAAGAAUUUUUUUAAUUUUCCCUGGUUCAUUCGCGUCUUUUUGAAAAAUUGUAUGCCUCAUUCCUGUCUUUAUUAUGCCGGUGUUUUUGUUUGCAUGAUGUAGCUUUACGAUACAACUGUUGGUGGAAGCAAUGAAAACGAGUGACAAACCUUUAG